AGGCUUUCCAAUUCCAGAUAUUUCUCUUGCCUUAUCAAAACCGACGCUUCACUUUCAACACACACAUCAAUCAUCACACAGCAUACAUCACAUUCUUUAGCAAAAACAAAUUAUCUUUCGACGCAAAAUUCCUUGAAUACGAAAUCGUACUGAGCGUUGGCCAGUGUUCUUGCAGAAUUUUCCGAUUAAGAAUAUAAUCCAGUGAUGAAUCCCGAAAAAUUCACCCACAAGACAAAUGAAACCCUCGCCGCGGCCCACGAGCUCGCAAUGAGCUCCGGCCACGCCCAAUUCACUCCUCUACACUUCGCAUCAGCUUUAAUGUCCGAUGCAAACGGCAUUUUCCGGCAGGCGGUGGCCGGCGCCGGCGCCGGCGAAGAUUCCGUGAAUGCGGUGGAAAGGGUGAUCAAGCAAGCCAUGAAGAAGAUCCCCUCGCAGACGCCGCCUCCUGACGAGAUCCCCGCCAGCACCUCUCUUAUCAAGGUCAUCCGGCGAGCUCAAUCGCUGCAGAAAUCGCGCGGCGACACGCACCUAGCAGUCGAUCAGCUGAUUCUAGGCCUUCUGGAAGAUUCCCAGAUUCAAGACCUCUUGAAGGAGGCUGGCGUACAUGCCGCUAAGGUGAAAUCAGAGGUCGAGAAGCUGCGCGGUAAGGAAGGGAGGAAGGUAGAGAGCGCAUCCGGAGACACCACAUUCCAGGCGUUGAAGACCUAUGGCCGUGAUCUCGUGGAGCAGGCCGGGAAGCUUGAUCCCGUGAUAGGCAGAGAUGAGGAGAUUCGGCGAGUGGUUAGGAUCCUCUCGAGGAGGACGAAGAAUAACCCGGUCCUCAUUGGAGAACCGGGUGUUGGCAAGACUGCGGUUGUGGAGGGAUUGGCGCAAAGGAUCGUUGCAGGCGAUGUUCCCAGCAAUCUCGCUGAUGUGAGGCUUAUAGCGCUGGACAUGGGGGCGCUGAUCGCUGGAGCCAAGUACAGAGGGGAAUUCGAGGAGAGAUUGAAGUCUGUUUUGAAGGAGGUUGAAGAAGCUGAAGGGAAGGUUAUCUUGUUUAUCGAUGAGGUUCAUUUGGUUUUGGGUGCUGGACGGACUGAGGGGUCGAUGGAUGCCGCGAAUCUCUUCAAGCCGAUGCUUGCGAGGGGCCAGCUGAGGUGCAUAGGUGCGACAACGCUGGAGGAGUAUAGGAAGUAUGUCGAGAAGGACGCUGCAUUCGAGAGGCGUUUCCAGCAGGUGUUUGUGGCAGAGCCGAGCGUUGUCGACACGGUUAGCAUCUUGAGGGGCUUGAAGGAGAAGUAUGAAGGGCAUCACGGUGUUAAGAUACAGGAUAGGGCACUCGUGGUUGCGGCGCAGCUGUCGUCUCGCUACAUCACCGGGCGGCAUCUCCCGGAUAAGGCGAUUGAUCUAGUUGAUGAGGCCUGCGCGAAUGUGAGAGUCCAGCUCGACAGCCAGCCUGAAGAAAUCGACAAUCUGCAGAGGAAGAGGAUACAGUUGGAAGUCGAGCUCCAUGCUCUCGAGAAGGAGAAAGACAAAGCUAGCAAAGCUCGUCUCGUUGAGGUGCGGAAAGAGCUCGAUGACCUGAGGGAUAAGCUGCAACCGUUGAUGAUGAAGUACAGAAAAGAGAAGGAGAGGAUCGACGAGCUCAGGAGGCUGAAGCAGAAGAGAGAUGAGCUCAUGUAUGCCUUGCAAGAAGCUGAAAGGCGAUACGAUCUUGCUAGGGCUGCAGAUUUGAGGUAUGGAGCGAUCCAGGAUGUUGAGGCUGCCAUUGUCAAGCUCGAAGGUGGUGCUACAGAGGAUGGGAUGCUUACGGAGACUGUGGGGCCAGAUCAGAUCGCAGAGGUUGUGAGCCGCUGGACUGGUAUACCCGUGACGAGGCUCGGUCAGAAUGACAAGGAGAGAUUGAUUGGUCUUGGCGAGAGGCUGCACCAGCGUGUUGUGGGGCAGGAUCAAGCGGUCACUGCUGUUGCCGAGGCUGUCUUGAGAUCAAGAGCUGGCCUUGGUCGACCUCAGCAGCCGACCGGUUCUUUCUUGUUUCUUGGCCCAACGGGUGUGGGAAAGACGGAGCUUGCCAAGGCAUUGGCGGAGCAGCUCUUUGAUGAUGACAACUUGAUGGUGAGGAUUGAUAUGUCCGAGUACAUGGAGCAACACUCUGUUGCUCGACUGAUUGGCGCUCCACCUGGGUAUGUUGGGCAUGAGGAGGGCGGGCAGCUGACGGAGUCCGUGAGGAGACGGCCUUAUAGCGUUAUUCUGUUUGAUGAGGUGGAGAAAGCGCAUCCGACGGUGUUCAACACUUUGCUGCAAGUUCUGGACGAUGGCAGGCUGACGGAUGGCCAAGGCCGGACGGUGGACUUCACGAACUCUGUGAUCAUCAUGACCUCGAAUCUCGGAGCUGAGUAUCUUCUAAGAGGAUUGAGCGGGAAGAGCUCCAUGGAAAGCGCUCGUGAAAUGGUGAUGCAAGAGGUGAGAAAACACUUUAAGCCGGAGCUGCUCAACCGACUAGACGAGAUAGUGGUGUUUGACCCUCUGUCGCACGACCAGCUGAGGAAGGUGUGCCGCCUCCAGCUGAGAGAUGUGGCGAGUCGGCUGGCAGAGAGGGGCAUUGCCAUGGGUGUGACCGAGGCAGCACUGGAUGUCAUAUUGGCCGAGAGUUAUGAUCCCGUAUACGGUGCACGACCUAUUCGGAGGUGGCUGGAGAAGAGGGUGGUGACGGAGCUAUCCAAGAUGCUUGUGAGAGAGGAGAUAGAUGAGAACUCGACUGUGUUUAUCGAUGCUGCAAUUGAUGGAGCAGGGCUAACGUACCGGGUUGAGAAGAAUGGAGGGCUCGUGAAUGCAGCGACUGGGGAGAAGUCGGAUGUAUUGAUUCAGAUUCCUAACGGGGUGCGGUCGGAUGCUGCUCAAGCUGUGAAGAGGAUGAAGAUCCAAGAGUUGGAUGAUGACGAUGAGGUUAUGGAAUGAAGUUGUUAAAAUAAAGGUCUGGUUUUCUUUCUGGAUGUAAUGGUGUUUUUGGCUGUGUUUUUUUGGUUGCAAAAGUUUGUGCUAUCAAAUGUGGGCUAGGUGACUUAGGUCACCACAUGUUUCAUGCCUCAUUUGUUAAUAAACAGGUGAUAAAUGUAAUAUUUUGUAAAUGUAACUACUUUUUCACCCUCA